AUGCUUCGAAAUGAUUCUUCGGGUGGAAUGUGGUCACAUCGAUCUAUGAUAAUAUUCGUGAUUGUAAUCGUACUCACAUCUUUAAUGGUUAUGUAUACAAAGUACAAUAAUGUCGAAAGUCUUAAAUAUGAUUUAUCUGUUGAAACAAAAUCUCAAUGUGAUUCAUAUUGUUUAAGAAAAGAAGAAACUUUUAAAGACAAAUGUCAUUGGUAUUUUGUUAAUUAUACACCUAGUGCAUGGGAAAGUGUGUGGUAUAAUAACAUAGAACAAUUGCAAAAUAAUGUUUGUGGAACACUCACACGUGCAGAUAAUGUUAAUAAAAGUGUAUUAUUCAUGCAACGAUUAAUUGAAUUACAAAAGUUUGGAAGAAAUCAAAAAAAUGGUGGACAACAUAAAAAUGAUGAAAUUUUCUCUCGAAUGUUUUAUCGACAACGCUGUAUUGAUUCUCGUACGAAUGUUUAUUCUGAUGUAAAAGAAAUCGCACAAUUAAUUGAACCAUUAAUUGGUUUAUUAAGAGAUCCUUUAACAAUAUGUUCACGUCUUAGUAAUACUCAAGUACCUUCAUCUCUUUAUGAAGAUGCUAUUCUCUUAUCAAAACGACAUAUUCUUUUAUCAAUUUCAGCUCCAUUUUAUAUAUCUUCUUCAAUGGCACAACGUCAAACUAUAUCAACUGAAAAUUUUAUAUCAAAUAAUUUUAAUAGUAAUGUACCUCCCUGGAUGUAUAAACGAUCAAUAACAAAGACAUCAGAUAUAAAAAGAGAUAUGAAUGAGGGAAAAAGAAUAUUAUUCGAUUUGGGAAGUAGUUUUUAUGGAAAGAAUGUUGAUAUAAGUGAAACUUCUACUCGAUGGUUUUAUGAAUAUUAUAAACGUUUAAAUUUACAAUUUGAUCGAAUUAUAGCAUUUGAAUUGAGACCAUUGGAUCCAAAAACUGCAUGGGAACAGUUACCUGAUGAUGUUUUUCCAGUUUAUACACUUAUUAAUACUGGUUGUACAGAAACAGGAAUAUUUAAUCCAUGGGUAAUGUUACAACAAAUUGCUAAACCAGAAGAUCAUGUCAUUGUUAAAUUAGAUAUUGAUAGUUUUAAUGAAGAAAAUUUUUUGAUAAAUCAAGUAUUAAACAAUUCAACAAUUCAUUCAUUAAUUGAUGAAUUCUUUUUCGAACAUCAUGUUUCAGUUACCGAAAUGUUAGCAUAUUGGCGACCUCCUCCAGGAAAAUUAAAAGAUUCAUAUAUUUUAUUCACUAAAUUAAGACAAUUAGGAAUACGAAUGCAUGGAUGGCCAUAA